AUGGGGCUGAUGGAGUUUGCCUUGGAGAUGGACCCCAUGACCCUGAACUUGAUCAUCCUGAUUGGGAGCUACGUGACAUUGCUGGUCGUCUUCUUGCUCUCCUGUAUCCUCUACGACUGCCGCGGGAAGGACCCCAGCAAGGAGUAUGUGACGGACACGCCCACUGCCCCACCCACUGCCGUCGCCAUGGCGCCACAGCAGUCGCCCAUACGCCUGGUCGUCAUGCAGAACUCUCCAGCAACCGGCGUCGGCCCGGCAACCGUCGCCAACAACAACAGCAACGCAGUGCACGCCAAUACCAACGCUGUGCGGUACGACAUGCACAACAACAAGCCGCACCACCAUAACGCGACGUCGCACCAGACGCAUCACAAUGCCACACAUAACGCCACUUACCUGCCACACCUGCCCACCACACACACCUCACACAUCGACCCCCGCGAGAAAAGGAGCACGCUGGUCUGA